AUGGAAAAGUUACCCGUCGAAAUAUUCGAUCUCAUCUUGGCACAUCUGACACUAUCCGAUUGGAAAUGUCUUCGUUUGACCAGUCGGACAAUUUAUAGUCGUUUAUCAUCGUUUUCAUCCUAUUCACAUCUACAUUCGAUUAUUCUUUCGCCAAAAUCAUCUUCUGGUCUUGCAGUUCUCGACAAAGCCACGUCUUUCGAAGGUCUCGAUCAAUUAUCGAUAUCGAAUUUUAACUUUACAGAACUGAAAACCUUUUUACAAACAUCCCCAUCGUUUCGUUCUUGUCUUAACAAUUUAACCAGUCUAUCAUUUGCGAGUUCGACCACACUAAUCGAUUGUCGUGUUUUCUUCGACUUACUUUCCUGUUGUACAUCGUUACAAAAACUCGAUCUAAGCGAUUACAAAUUCUUUUUCUUAUCACACAAUUUCUCUCAAAAUACCAAUAUCUUUCCGUCGAUCAAACAGCUGAAUUUGAACGGAAACAUUCAUCUAUCGGACUAUGCAUUUAAUCAUUUAAUGAAAGCAUUUCCAAAUAUCGAAUCAUUACAUCUACUUGGCAUUCCACUCCGAUCAACAUUGAGUACCGAUGAAAAUCGAACACUUCUGACAUUUGAAAACAUCUGUUCGUACGUUCAGAAGCAUGAAGAUUGUUUGAAAGCAUUGACUAUCUCGUUCGAACCAUCCCUAUCCUGUGAUACACAAAUAAAACGUUUAUUUUCCAACACACCGUCGAAAUUAACUUAUUUUUACAUCGAUGGAACAUUGACAAUAUCAGCAUUAAAUCAUCUUCUUGUUUUUCUUGACAAUCAUCUUCAAAUAUUGAUCGUUGGCCGCUUGAAACUUGAUCAUACAGGUUGUCAACCAUUAUUUUCCGCCAUUAACGAGUUUGCCACGAACUUAAAACAACUUUGCGUAUUUCUCAAUCCGCCCAUGAAGUUUUCGGUAACACAACAAAACAAGAAAUUCUUUCCAGUUCUUGCUCCAUCAUCGGAUAUAUCUUUGUCAUCCUUGAAGCAAUUGACUGAUCUGGAUAUCCAAACAUUAUAUCCAUUAACCGAAGUCGAUCUAAUGAAUUUGUUUCAAGAUAAGUUAUUCCAUUUGAAAAAACUUGCUCUUCCAAGAAAUACAACAGAUGAUGUGAUACAACAGAUAUGCACGCAAUCAUCUUUUGUGCUCUCAUUAACUCAUUUGAAUUUAAACAAUUGUUCAUCAUUAACUAACCGCUCAAUAUUACUAAUUAACAAGUAUUUAACCUUGCUAGAAGAAUUAUCCAUCAAUGAUAAUAUCAACAUUAAUGAUUUUGCGUUUAUUGGUGUAUCGAUAUGUGGAAUUGGCAAGUCGAUUGAAUGGCUUGAUCAGUUUCUGAUAAAUCGACAAUUUAUCGAUGAUUUACCAAUAUGGACUUAUGCCAUCACCCAUCAAACACCAUGUAAAUGUCAAUUACCCGUGUAUAUAUCAUCGUCAUGCAUAAAACUUCGUUUGAAAGACUUCAAUUUCAAUGACGAUGAAUACUCUGAUCAAAUACUGAGUAUCUUAACCGGACAUAAACUCUUUCCGGAAUACUUCUAUUCGAUAAACAAGUUAAAACAUUUGAAAACAUUGAGAUUACGUCAAUGUAUUCAAUUGACAAACCGAUUGUUUCGUUUUGGUAUUCGCUGUUUAACAAACUUGAAGCAUCUGAAUAUAAGUUUAUGUGAAAAGAUCACCGAUAAAAACCUUGCGUUACUCGGUCUGGCCAGUCCGUCGAUCGAAACUAUCGAUUUAACGGGCUGUCAUCGGAUCAGUGAAUAUGGAAAACUUGUUUUAAAAGCAAAUGCGAAACGAGUGAAGAUUAUUGAUUAUUAA